AUUUUUUUGUACGACAGUUCCAAUCAAGCAGCUGAGCGCAACGGAGCUGGUUCGUCAACAUGAGCUCUAAAAGUUGGGAAUCCGAUGAGGAAAUUAAAUACUUUCGCGAAUAUCUGCGCAUACCCAGCGUCCAUCCCGAUCCGGACUAUGAGCCCUGCUUGGAAUUCUUGAGGCGUCAGGCCUUACAGCUGGAGCUGCCUUUGGCUGUGCAUUAUCCAUUCGAUGCCGAUAAUCCCGUGGCUGUCAUCACCUGGCAGGGCCUGAAACCACAAUUGCCUGCACUUUUGCUCAACUCGCACAUGGACGUGGUGCCCGUGUUCGCGGAGAACUGGACGCAUCCGCCCUUUGGCGCCGACAUCGACGCGCAGGGUCGCAUCUUUGCCCGUGGCACUCAGGACAUGAAAUGCGUGGGCAUGCAAUAUCUGGCAGCUAUCAGAGCGCUAAAACGCAAUGGAACCAGGCUCAAACGGACCAUACACAUCUCAUUUGUAGCAGAUGAAGAAAUGGGUGGUCGUCGCGGCAUGCGACCUUUUGUGGAAACCGAAGAGUUUCGCGCUUUGAAUGUGGGCUUUGGUUUAGACGAAGGCCUCGCCUCACCCACGGCUGAGUUUGCCGUAUUCUAUGCCGAGCGCAGCGUGUGGCGCAUGACCUUCAAGAUAUCGGGCACAGCCGGCCACGGCUCCCUCUUGCUGCCAAACACAGCUGGCGAGAAGCUUCACUAUUUGUUGGAUAAAAUGAUGAAGUUGCGCCGACAGCAGGUGGCGCGCCUCGAGAACAAUCCCGAGCUAACAAUUGGCGAUGUGACCACAAUUAAUCUGACCAGACUCGGCGGCGGAGUCCAGAGCAAUGUGGUGCCACCGCAGCUGACAGCUGGCUUCGAUGUGCGCCUGUCACUCGACGUGGUGCACGAAGAGUUUCUCGCUCAGUUACACAGCUGGAUGGAGGAGGCAGGCGGCGGCAUCGAGCUGGAAUUCGAUCAGAAGCAUCCCUAUGUGCCGCCCACUGCCACAGACGACAGCAAUCCCUUCUGGCUGGCCUUUAAGUGUGCCACGGAUGAGUUAGGCCUCGAUGUCAGACCACAAAUCUUCACCGGCGGCACCGAUAGCCGCUAUUUGCGUAAGUCAGGCAUCGGAGCCUUGGGCUUCUCGCCGAUGAAUAACACGCCCGUUUUACUACACGAUCACGAUGAAUGGAUUGGAGCCGAUACGUACCUGAAAGGUGUACAAAUAUAUGUAAAGAUUAUCAGUAAUUUAGCCAAUGUUGAUUAAAUUGUUAAUAUAAUCAAGUAAAA